AUGAAAUUCGCUUUUACCACUUUAUUUUUCACUAUCGGUGCUGCUUUAGCUGACACUGUUGGUUUGAUGGUUACUCUGGAUAACGAUUUCUACGGGGAAAUGGCUUGUUUUUCAAAUCAAGGUGAUGAUAAUCGUUUAUAUCCUUGCAAUGAUUUUGAUUUCAGAAUGUUUCUCGAACCAAUUACUGAUUCGGACUCGGGUUUAACUGUACUUGCUACCGUGGCUCAACCAACGAGAUACGUUAAUGUUGAUUCCGAAGGUUUCCUUGUUUUGGAUGAUAAAGGUUACGGAUUUAAUGAUACUUUUGAACGCCCAAACUUACAAAAUGUUAGUAUUAAUGACAUUGAAACCUUUUAUCUCGUUCAAAAUGGAUCUGGUGACUCAGUUAGAUAUGACAUAAAAGUUAUGGAAGAAGCUCCAGAAGGUGGAAUUCCAGUUACUUUUGGCGAAAUUGGCGUUGCAACUAUAAUCAAGAAGAACAAAUUAGGUCAAGAAUUACAUUUCAACAAGUUUAUUAAAAGAGGUUAG